AUGGCUGCAUCUGCUGCAUCCGAUGCCGCGACGCUAGCGAGCAGCGAUGAGGAGCUCACGCUCGCUGGCGCUGGCGUUGGCCUCUCGGGCGGCCAACGGGAUUACAGCGAUGCGCGUCUGGAUCGCGUGGCCGCCUACACGACGACCACGAUGCGUCUGAAGCCGGACAAAUGGGCCAAAAUGAUGCUGCACGACGAGCUGCGGCACAUUGUCAUGGACUGGCUGCACGGACGGACGCGAGUGCUGGUGAUGACGCUCAGUCCCGGCGGCGAGCUGGUGCCCCGGGGCUGCAUCAGCGAUCUGUAUCUGGGCUAUGCGCUGUCGAGCACCGGCACGCGGUCAGCCGGAGCGACGGCGACGGCGGACUCCGCUGCCACGGCUGCGGUGGUGGCGGCGGCGACGGCUGCUGGCGCAUUGGUGGUGCCGCUGCCGCCCGCUUCGUCCAGCUUCACCACCUUGGAUGGAGUGCUGCGCGGCAAGUGCGCCUACUUCAUACGCCACAAUGUGGGCGUGCCGCUGACAGCGGCCAACUUCCAGAGCUCCGUGGUCUACGGCGACUUUCCGGUGCACAGCAAAAUCGAGACGAUGUCGCUGCUGUUCGACGAGGUGCUGCAGCCGCUGCUGGAGGGGGCCGAGGGCGGCUGGCCGUCGCCCGUGCGCAAGGAUCUGCAGGCGCGCGUCAAGGAAGUGCGCAACACCCUGACCGAGAUUAAGGGCAAGACCAACAAUCGCACAAUUUUAUCGUUAUUAGUUGCGCCAACAGUCGUCGAGGAAGUGUCUGCCCACGUGAGCCGGGGCAAUCUAAGCCCAGCCUUGGAUACGAAAUUUCGCACUCUAUUGGAGGAGAUGUUCAUCAACUGGACAACGCAAAUGCACGACAUUGUCAUGGAGCGCUCCGAGGCCGUUGGCCUAACCACGAGCACCGCCGCCUCCAGCUCGCCCAGCAAGCACGUGUGCGUGGUCACAUUGCCGGCUCAGGAGAUUACGUUCUGGGCGAACCGCAAGCUCAACCUACAGAACAUCUACGAGCAGCUGCGCGAGCCCAUGCACAAGGCGCUGGCCCACAUUCUGGAGCGCAUCGAGUCCGUCUACUACGAGCCGUACGCCAAGGCAUUCCGCCAGCUGGUGACCGCCUGGCUGGAGGCGCAGGACGUCUCGCUCUGGCUGCAGCCCUUUCAGCGUCACGCGGCCGCCUUCAACUCGGUGCAGUUCAGCAAUGCCCAGGAGCUGAUUGCGCCGCUGGUCCACGUGCUGCACCUGCUGUGGAGCAAUGCGCGCUUCUACCGCAGCACUCAACGGAUGAGCGUGCUGCUCAGCUGCGUCUGCAACAUGCUGGUGCAUCGCGCCGCCGAGGACCUGGAGUUCCCGCUGCUCUUCCAGGGCGAUGCCGACGAGGGGCUGCAGCGCAUCAUCAAGACGGGCGAGGUGCUGGAGUUUUUCAAGCAGCGCAUGCUCGAGUACAGGGAGCGCUAUGCCAGCAGCCAAGUGCUGCUGCCAGCUUUGCCCAGCUCCGCCUCCGCCUCCGCCUCCCCGCCGGCCGACGACCAGCAUCAGUUGUGGCGCUUCUCCAGCGAGCAAGUGUUUGGCCAAACACUUGAUGGCUUCCUGCUGCAACUAUCGGAACUGCGUCACGUCUUUGAGGCAGCCGUGCAGUUUCAGCAGCUGGAGAAGCUCGAAAUUGGCGGACUGCGCGGAAAGCUGCUAACAGAGCGCAUCAGAGAGAUCUACAGCGAAUUCAAGCUGCUCUUCGAGCAAUGGACCAAUGUAGACAUCGACCUGGCCGCGCCCGUCGCCCACAAGUGGAAGUGCUUCAAGCGCGAGCAGCGCCUCUUCUUCCAGCGCAUGCAGCAACUGGAGCAGAAGCUGGCCACGGUGCUGCUGCAGGCGUUCGAGCAGUGCUACAGCUGGAUGCACCUGCUCAAGCUGACCCUGAUGUUCGGCUGUCUGCUGCAGCGGCGCACCGUUCAAUCAGAGCUAAUUCGCCUGCUGCCACACAUGCUCAGCAUCUACAACGCCGAGCUGCUGCAGCUCGAGCUGAGUGUGGCUGACGUCCUUUUCAACUAUCAGUGCCACGGACUCAAAGCGGUGCCCGUGGCGGGCAAUUUCCCACCCAUAGCCGGCGCCAUCAUGUGGCUGGAGCAGCACUUGCAUCGCUGCGAUGACCUCGGCGCUAAAGAUCUAAUCGAUCUCAUCCAGACGCUGCUAAUGCUGAAAUCGGAGCUAGUGACGCUGCCGUUCAAAUGGGAUGCAUUGGUCUCGCGUCGCAACAUUCUCACCACGAAGCUGUGCAACCUGCAGCAAAAGAUUUGGCAGGCCUGGCUGGAGGACAUUGACAAAAUUAUUGCCGAGGGCCUCGAUGAGCACGUGCUGUUUCAGGCGGACGCGGGCCAGCCGCUGCAGCUGAACUUUGCUCGGGCGCUCUUUACGCUGCUCAAGGAGACCAAAUAUUUGCUCGCCCUGCAGGCAGCUGGCAGAGUUUCGAGCAAACUAUUUCCGAUGCCCGAGGCGCUGCUCUCGCUGUACGAGCAGCGCGACGCCUACUGGCAGCGUCGCAUAAGACUCAUCAAGAUUGAUGAGUUCUACAAUGGCAUCCGGGGCGGGCAGUGCGCCGCAGCCGAGCUGCAGCUAAUUGCCGCCGAGCUGGCGGCCAUUGAUGAGCAAGUGGCCACCGCCUGUGCCCAGCUAACUUGGUGCAAUUACGAUGAGCCGCUCAUCGAGAGCAUCUUCGAGAAGUCGCGCGAUCUGCAUGCUCGCCUGCACGAGUCCCAUGGCAACCUGGACGCCAUACUGGCCAGCAUGCGCCGCUGGACCUCCGAGCCACUGCAUCAGCGUAGUCUAUACGGACGCAAUCUGCUGGAUCUGCGCCACCAGCAGGAGCGAGUGCGGCUCCGUCUCCUGCAAUGCGAUGAGACGAAGAUGCUGCUAAAUCGCUUGUUGAUUGCCAACUUUUGUUUGUUGUUCAACUACGAAAGGCAGCAGCUGCAGCUCUACUCCCGCGACCUCAGCGUCCAGGAGUUUCUGCACGAAUUUCCGGAUGAGCAGCGACGACAGUUCAACAAAUAUUUAGCCACCGUCGAUGAGUUGAUUUGCCGUGAAGUAAAAGAGGCCAUGAGGAUCAGUUUAGAGUAUUUGCACAAGGAAAUGACAGGAACGGCAACAGCAACAACAACAACUACAACAACAACUGCUGCAGCUAAGGCAACUUCAAUAGCGCCCCCAACUUCAAGUAUGGCCUUGCCGAGCAUGGCUAGGUUGGUGCUACAACAAAUCACAGCGCCACAAGCGACAGCGACAAUAAUACCAACAACAACAGCACCAACAACAAUAGCAACAACCACAAGCAAAACAACAUCAGCCACAACAACAGCAACAGCAACAGCAACAGCCAUAGCAAUCGGAACAACAGCAACAAACGAUGCACCGCUUUUCGAAGUGAAAUUGGAGCUGACGGAAACGGAAAUACGUUUUUCGCCUGGCUUUGAUGCAAGUGUGGAAAAUAAUUUUCAACAAAUUGUCGAGCAGCUGUUGCUGGAUAUAAAACAGACAUGCGACUGCAUGCCAAGAAUUGUGUCUGACAACUCGCUGUCUGACGACGACGACGCCGACGACGACGUGGAGGAUGACGCCAAGAAUGAGGGUGAGUCGAUGCCGCACAGUUUACCAUGCACCAGCAGAAGGUGCCGCCAUGCCACGCCACGCCACGCCACGCCACGCCACGCCAUGCCACGCCAUGCGAUGGCAGGCCGGGCGUGCGGCAUUCCUUGCGUUUGCUUAUGAACUACAUUCGCAGCUGCAGCCGAUGAGUUGGAAAUGCUUUGCGCCAGCAUACGCGACGCCUUGAGUGAAACGGUGCAGGCGGCGCUGGAUUAUGCUGCCAAAUUCCACGCCUAUGCGUUCCUUUGGACCCAGCAGAGCGGCGACGUACUGGCCUCCUGCAUGCAGGCCGCCCGCGAACAGACGACCCACAUCAGCGGCAGUGGCUAUGCCAUCAUGGAGACGUUCAAAAAGGAGAUCGAGCGCUACAACGAGCUGCACGAUGCGAUUGACCAAUGCGAGGAUGGGCACUGCCUGAACGGCUGGCUGGCCCUCGAUGUGAGGCCGCUCAAGCACGGCCUGCUCAACCUGGCCUGCAAGUGGUCGCACCUCCACAAGCAAUGGCUGCUGCGCUACGUGCAGAAGACGCUGCAGGAGCUAAACGGUUUCAUUGCGCUCAGCCACGAGACACUGCAGCUGCACAUCGGCAGGCAGGACUUUAAGGCGCUGCUCCGAGUGCUGUCCGUCAUGGCGGAGAUACGAGAGCGGGAGCCGUACGCGGACAAUGUGUUUAAGCCGCUUAAGGACAUCGUGGCGCUCUUAAAGACCUACAACGUGGAGUUCGAGCCGCAGCUGGUGCGCAACAUUGAGCAGCUGCCGAUGCAGUGGCAGCAGCUGAAGCAACAAGCUCUGGCCAAACACGAGGCUCUCCAGGACACACGCCACUACCAAAAGCAGCGCGUAACGGCACUCAUUGGCCUGCAUACGUGCCACGUGCAGCAUUUUGCCAAACAGUUCCAGCGCAUGCCGUUCUUCUGUGUGCCCUGUCCACAAAUUUACGAUGCCUGCGACCAGGUUUACGUGCGUCUCCAUCGCUUUGGCAGCCAGCAGCGGCGGUACGCACGCUGGGCCCGGCUGCUCGAUAUACCGGAGCCCGACACCGCCACACUGGAGCACUGCCGGACGGAGCUGCGGCGCGUGAAGCAAUUGUGGGACUUUGUGCGCGUCAUCGAAUCCUGCAUUGUUGACUGGCAUGCAACACCUUGGCUACACAUCGACACGGACGACGUGGAGCACGAGUGCAAGAAGUUCACGCGCGAUUUGCGCACACUUGACAAGUGCAUCAGGGACUGGGCCCCCUAUGUUUAUAUUGUGGGCGUGUUGCGCGAACUGGUUGCCUCGCUGCGCGCGGUCACCGAGCUCCAAAAUCCAGCAAUUACCGAACGCCAUUGGCUAGAGCUGAUGCAGUUGUCAAAGCUUUCAUACAAGUGCAAUGCAUCAACAACUCUGGCACAGCUGCUGAGCCUGCAGCUGCAUCAGCAUGAGGAGGACAUUAAGAACACUGUGGAUCGGGCCAUCAAAGAGAUGACGGUCACCAAGGUGCUGGACGACAUUAGGGCCACAUGGGCGCAUCUGGAGUUCGAGUUGGAGGUGCACCGCUCGCGGCCAACGGUGCAACUGCUCAAGGUCUCCGAGGAGCUGAUCGAAACGCUCGACGAUAAUCAAAUGCAGCUGCAGAACAUUUCGACCUCCAAGCACAUUGAGUACCUGCUGGACAAGCUGAGCUACUGGCAGCGCGUGCUGAGCGGCAUUGACAACCUGAUUGUCAACUGGUUUGAGGUGCAGCGGAAGUGGAUCUAUCUGGAGUGCAUCUUCAUUGGCUCAGCGGACAUUCGCUCCCAGCUGCCCGUGGAUGCGGCCAACUUUGAGCGCAUCGACGAGGACUUCACCAAUCUGCUGGCACGCGUCACAGCCGUGCGGGUGGUGAUGGAAGUGGUGCUGCGGCACGAGGAUGUGCUGCAGCAGCUGCUGGAGCUGCAGCAGCGUCUCUCGGUUUGCGAGAAGGCGCUGAACGACUAUUUGGAGACGAAGCGCUUGGCCUUUCCACGCUUCUACUUCAUAUCGUCCGCCGAUCUGCUGGACAUACUCUCCAACGGCAACAACCCGCAGGUCAUCGAUCGUCAUCUCAUCAAGCUCUUCGACUCCAUACUGCGCCUGCAGUACGAGACGAACACCACGCACGCCGUGGGCAUGCACUCCAAGGAGAACGACGAGUACGUCGCCUUCGUGAGCAACCAGCAGCGGGAGCACUCGGCGUACAUUGACUGCUGUGGCCGGGUGGAGCUCUGGCUGAGCGCAGUCAUCCAGCAGAUGCGCAGCACGCUCCAUGAGCUCUUCCGGCGCGCUCUGGGCGCGUUCUGUGAGAAGUCGCGCGACUUGUGGCUCUACGAUUGGCCGGCACAGGUGGCGCUCUGCUGCAGCCAGAUCAACUGGACGGCGGACGUGAAUCGCUCGUUCGCCAGCAUGGAGGAGGGCUACGAGGGCGCCAUGAAGGAGCUGCACAAGCGCCAGAUAGCCCAGCUGAAUGCCCUAAUCAAUUUGCUGUUGGGCGAACUCUCUGCCGGCGACCGCCAGAAGAUUAUGACCAUCUGCACCAUCGACGUGCACUCGCGUGACGUCAUUGCCAAGAUCAUCGCCAUGCGGGUGGACAACUCGUUGGCCUUCCAGUGGCAGAGCCAGCUCCGGCAUCGCUGGGACGACGAUCAGGCGGGCAGCUCCAGCGGCUGCGCCACCUCGGCGACCACAAUCAGCGCCAGCGGCGCCGACGAGGAUUGCUUUGCCAACAUCUGCGAUGCCGAGUUCCGCUAUGCCUAUGAGUACUUGGGCAACACCUCGCGGCUGGUGAUAACGCCUCUAACGGAUCGAUGCUACAUCACGCUGACCCAGUCGCUGCAUCUGGUGAUGGGAGGAGCGCCAGCUGGACCGGCGGGCACGGGCAAAACGGAAACAACGAAAGACCUCGGCCGUGCACUGGGCGUAAUGGUUUAUGUCUUCAACUGUUCGGAGCAAAUGGACUACAAAUCUUGCGGCAACAUUUACAAAGGUCUGGCCCAGACCGGCGCAUGGGGCUGCUUUGACGAGUUCAAUCGCAUCUGCGUGGAGGUGCUCUCCGUGGUGGCCGUUCAAGUGAAGACUAUACAGGAGGCGAUAAGGAUGCAUAAAACCCAAUUUAUCUUUAUGGGCGAGCGCAUCUCGCUGGAGCCGUCGGUUGGCAUUUUUAUCACCAUGAAUCCCGGCUACGCUGGCCGCACCGAGCUGCCGGAAAACCUGAAAACAUUGUUUCGCCCAUGCGCCAUGAUUGUGCCGGACUUUGCUUUGAUUUGUGAGAUUAUGUUAAUGGCCGAGGGCUUCCAGGAUGCACGUCUGCUGGCACGCAAAUUUAUCACACUGUACACGCUGUGCAAGGAGCUGCUGUCCAAGCAGGAUCACUACGACUGGGGACUGCGCGCCAUCAAAUCGGUGCUGGUUGUUGCCGGCACAUUGAAGCGCGAUGACCACAGCCGGCCAGAGGAUCAGGUGCUAAUGCGCGCCCUGCGUGACUUCAACAUACCCAAGAUAGUCACCGAGGAUGUGUCCAUAUUUAUGGGCCUGAUAGGCGACCUCUUCCCCGCACUCGAUGUGCCACGCAAGCGCGUGUUCGAGUUCGAGAAGACCAUUCGCCGUGCGGUCAAUGAAAUUAAGCUGCAGCCCGAGGAGGGCUUCCUCAUGAAGGUGGUGCAGCUGCAGGAGCUGCUCGAUGUGCGCCACUCGGUGUUCAUUGUGGGCGAUGCUGGCACCGGCAAGACCAAAAUCUGGCAAACUCUGCGCGAAACGUAUCGCAUACAGAAACUGAAGCCAGUCUGCCAUGUGCUCAAUCCCAAGGCGCUGUCCAACGACGAGCUGUUCGGCAUCGUGAAUCCCACCACACGCGAGUGGAAGGACGGCCUCUUCUCCUCAAUAAUGCGAGAGCAGGCCAAUAUGCCACCGGGCAACCCCAAGUGGAUCGUGCUCGACGGCGACAUCGAUCCAAUGUGGAUCGAGAGCCUCAACACGCUGAUGGACGACAACAAGAUCCUGACGCUGGCCAGCAACGAGCGCAUAUCGCUGAGGCGUGAGAUGCGUCUACUGUUCGAGGUGGGCCACCUCAAGGCGGCCACACCGGCCACAGUCUCCAGGGCAGGCAUCUUGUAUAUCAAUCCGCAGGACUUGGGCUGGUCACCCUUUGUCUCAUCCUGGCUGGAAACGCGUGCGAAUAUGAUCGAGCGGGGCAUACUGACGACGCUCUUCGAAAAAUACUUUCCCAGCCUGAUGCAGAGGCAGCGGGACUUUCGUCGCAUUACGCCCAUCACGAACAUGGCCAUGAUUCAAAUGACGUGUCACCUGCUCGAGUGUUUGCUGGACAGCGACCCAGUUGAGGAUGACGCUGCACAUGGUGGCGACAAGCAUCUGGGUGUCAAUUCGCACAGCCAACACCAUGGCGAGCUCUCGCAUGAGUCCGUCGAGCUGGCGUUAGAAACCAUCUUUGUGUAUGUUACGCUUUGGAGCUUCGGCUCGGCACUGCAUCAGGACACGAUUGUGGACUGGCAGCGCGAGUUUCACAAGUGGUGGACGGGCGAGUUCAAGGAUGUCAAGCUGCCCAGCCAGGGCACCAUAUUUGACUAUCAGCUUAAUGUGCAAACAUUGAAGUUCCAGCGCUGGUCAGAGCUGGCCGCUCUGGAGCAGCUCGAGUGUCAAAUCGAUGCCGAGCAGCCGUUGCAGAACGUGCUCAUUUCAACUGCAGAGACCACACGUCUGGGCUACUUCCUCAAGCUGCUUAUCGACCGCAAUCUGGCCUGCAUGCUGGUGGGCAGCUCCGGCUGCGGCAAGGGUGCCAUCUUCCGUGAGCUCUUCAGCAAAUAUGCCAGCGCACAGGAGCUGCUUGAAAUUGCCGUGACAGCUGUCAGCGGCAGUCAGCAGCAGACGCCGGCCGUUGCAGCCAAUUCUGUUGCCGCUGGCGCUGGCGCUGGCGUUGGCGUUGGCGUGCGUCGGAAGCUGUCCUCGUCGACACCGUUGCUGACCACAGUGCAGGCGACACACUUUAACUUCUACACCUCAUCGGAGAUGUUCCAAAAGAUGCUGGAUCGCCCGCUGGAGAAGAAGUCGGGGCGCUGCUACGCGCCCAGCGGACCGAAGCGCCGACUGAUCUACUUCGUCAACGACCUGAACAUGCCCGAGGUGGACGCCUAUGGCACUGUGCAGCCGCACACCAUAAUGCGCCAGUUCAUGGACUACAGGCAGUGGUACGAUCGCCAGAGGCUGCAGUUGAAGGACAUACGGCAUUGUCAGUUCGCGGCUUGCAUGAAUCCGACGGCUGGCUCCUUCACCAUCGACCCGCGGCUGCAGCGCCACUUCUGUGUGUUCUCGGUCGCUCAGCCCAGCGAGGAGACGCUGCACCACAUCUACAGCAGCAUCCUGAACAGCCACCUGGAGCAGCCGGCGCUGGGCUUCAACAAGGAGAUCCGCUCCAUUGGCAAUCUCCUGGUGCAGGUGGGCAUCGCGCUGCAUCGCCGCGUCGAGUACGCCUUCCUGCCCACGGCCAUUAAGUUCCACUACAUCUUCAAUCUGCGCGACCUGACCAACAUCUACCAGGGCGUGAUGCACAGCGUGGGUGCCCCGGUCUGCGCGGGUGGUGCGGCCAGCAGCUACAGCGGCACUGUCUGCAGCAAGCCCGCCGAGCUGAUGCGCCUCUAUGUGCACGAGGCGUUUCGCGUCUACCACGACCGACUGGUCGACCAGUACGACAUCAAGUCGUUCAAGUCCUCCAUUCGGGACAUAUUCAAGAAGGAUUUCGAGGACUUUGACGAGGACUUUGUGUUCGCUGAGCCACUGAUCUACAGCCACUUUGCCCAGUCGCUGGUGGACCAGAAGUACAUGCCGCUCAAGAGCUGGGACUCGCUCUACCAGCUGCUGCUGGAGGCGCAGGCCAGCUACAACGAAAUUGUGGGCUACAUGAACUUGGUGCUAUUCGAGGAUGCCAUGAUACACAUAUGUCGCAUCAAUCGCAUCCUGGAGAGUCCACGUGGCAAUGCUCUGCUGAUUGGUGUGGGCGGCUCUGGCAAGCAGACUCUGGCACGCCUGGCCGCAUUCAUUUCCUCGCUGAGCGUGUCGCAAGUGCAAAUCAAACGCGGCUUCGGGCUGCUCGACAUGCGGGACGAGAUUGCAGCGCUGUACAUGAAGGUGGGCCUCAAGAAUGUGGCCUCGGUUUUUCUCAUCUCCGAUGCUCAGCUGCCCGACGAGUCGAUACUGAUGCUGAUCAACGAUCUGCUCGCCUCGGGCGAAAUACCCGAGCUCUUCAAUGACGAUCAGUUGGAGACGAUCGUCAAUGGCAUACGCAACGAGGUGAAGCAGAGCGGCACCUUGGACACCAAGGAGAACUGCUGGCGUUAUUUUGUGGAGAAGGUGCGACGACUGCUCAAAAUCGUGCUCUGCUUCUCGCCGGUGGGGCAAACGCUGCGCAUACGUGCCAGAAAGUUUCCGGCCAUAAUUAGCCGCACGGCCAUUAACUGGUUCCACGAGUGGCCACGCAGUGCCCUGGAAUCGGUGUCCCAAAAGUUUCUCACCGAAAUCGGUGACAUAUUGGAGCCCGAACUCGUGCCGCCCAUCGCCUGCUUUAUGGCCUACGUCCACGGUACUGUGAAUCAGAUAUCGAAAAUUUAUCUACAGAAUGAAAAACGCUACAACUACACCACGCCGAAAACCUUUCUCGAAUACAUUUUCCUCUACCGCAAACUGUUGGUCGACAAAAACGGGGAGUUCGCCCAGCGCAUCGGCCGGCUGCAGAGCGGCAUGGCCAAGCUGGCCGAAUGCGCGCGUCAAGUGGACACCCUGAAGCACCAACUGGCCAUACAAGAAGUUCAGCUGGCGGCCAAAAAUGCAGCGGCCGACAAGCUGAUCGUCAUUGUCAGCGCCGAGAGCGAAAAGGUGAAGCGUGAACGCUUCAUAGCCUCAGAGGAGGAGAAACGCGUGCGCAUCAUCGAGGAGGAUGUCUCCAUCAAGACCAAGCUCUGUGAGCAGGAUCUGCGACAGGCUGAGCCCGCUCUGGUGGCCGCACAGGCAGCGCUCAAUACCCUGAACAAGAACAACCUGACCGAGCUCAAGUCGUUCGGAUCGCCGCCCAAGGGCGUGAUCAAUGUCUGCGCCGCUGUCAUGGUGCUGCUGGCCACGAACGGCAAGAUACCGCGCGAUCGCAGCUGGAAGGCAGCCAAGCUGAUGAUGGUGCGCGUGGAUCAGUUUCUCAGCGACUUGCUCAACUACAACAAGGACAACAUACAUCCGAAUAUAAUCGAAACCCUGCAGGAAUACCUAAAGGAUCCCGAGUUUAAUCCGGACAAAGUUGUGCAAAAGUCCGUGGCAGCUGCUGGGCUCUGUGCGUGGGUCAUCAAUCUGCAUCGCUAUCAUCAGGUCUUUCUCAUCGUGGGCCCCAAGCAGCAGGCCCUGCAGGAUGCCCAGCAGGAGCUGUUCGAGGCGCGCGAACGGUUGCAGUACCUCAAGACGAAAAUCAACAACUUGGAGGACAAGCUGGCCGACAUUCAGGCGGAGUUCGAGCACGCUGUCGCCGAAAAGCAAAAGUGCCAACGGGAGGCGGACAAGACGUCCUUUACCAUCGAUCUGGCCCAUAGGCUGGUCAAUGGACUGGCCAAUGAGAAUGUCCGCUGGCGCGAGUCGGUGCAGAGCUUGCAGGCAAAGAUUGGCACUCUACCUGGGGAUAUAUUGUUAAUUUCCUCGUUCCUGUCGUACGUGGGCUGCUUUACGCGUCGCUAUCGCGAGGAGCUGCAGCACAAGAUGUGGCUGCCGAGCUUUUGUAAGAUGGACCCCCAGAUACCCCACACGCAGGGCGUCGACCCACUGGCGCUGCUGUCGGACGACGCACAAAUUGCCACCUGGAAUAAUGAGGGAUUGCCCAUGGACGGCAUGUCCACGGAGAAUGCAACAAUACUGCAGCACUCAACGCGCUGGCCACUGAUGAUUGAUCCCCAGCUUCAGGGCAUCAAGUGGAUCAAGAGCCGCUUUGGAGCCGCCCUGGUGGUGCUGCGUAUGACGCAGCGUGGCUUUCUGGAGGCACUGGAGAAGUCCAUCUCGCGCGGCGACACAGUGCUCAUCGAGCAAAUUGAAGAGUCCAUGGACACUGUGCUCGAGCCGCUGCUCAGCCGCGCGCUAAUCAAAAAGGGUCGAUAUCUGCGCAUCGGCGAACGGGAAAUGGAGUUCAAUCCGAAUUUCCGUCUCAUAUUGCACACGAAGCUCGCCAAUCCGCACUACAAGCCGGAAAUGCAGGCGCAAACGACGCUGAUUAACUUCACGGUGACACCGGACGGACUGGAGGAGCAGCUGCUGGCGGAAGUGGUGAAGAUUGAACGCCCGGAUCUGGAGCAGAUGAAGACCGAGGUGACGAUUCAGCAAAACAUGUUCAAAAUCUCGCUGAAGGCGCUCGAGGACGAGCUGCUCGCCAGGCUGGCCUCCGCCGGCGAGAACGUGCUCGAGGACCAUGCGCUGGUGCUCAACUUGGAGAACACCAAGCGCACCGUGGACGAAAUCGAGUCCAAGGUGCGGGAGGCGCACCUAACCACGCUCCAGAUCGACGAGACCCGAAACAUUUACCGAGCCGCCGCCAAGCGGGCGGCCAUUUUGUACUUUGUGCUGACGGAUCUGAAUCGCAUCAAUCCCAUAUACAAGUUCUCCCUGAAGUCCUUCAUGAAUGUCUUUCGGCAGGCCAUAGCCGUGGCGCCGGCAUCCAAGAGCUAUGAGAAGCGCGUGCUCCACUUGGUCGACUCGAUCACGCUGCAGACGUACCGCUAUACGCUGCGCGGCCUCUUCGAGGCGGACAAGCUGACGUUCAGCUCGCACCUGACGCUGCGCAUCAUGAUCGCCGCCGAGCAGGUGGCCAAGGAUGAGACAGACUUUCUGCUGCGCUAUCCGCACGACCCCAACACCCUCUCCCCGCUGGACUUUGUGGGGCGCAGUGCCUGGGGCGGCAUCAAGUCGCUGGCGCUCGUCGAGCACUUCUACGGCAUCGACAAGGACAUGGAGAACUACACCAAGCGCUGGCGCAAGUUCGUGGCCAGCGAUACGCCCGAGCGGGAACAGUUCCCGGGCGAGUGGAAGCAUCGCACCCCGCUGCAGAAGCUUUGCAUUAUCAGAGCCCUGCGGCCCGACCGCAUGACCUAUGCGAUGGCCCAGUUUGUGGAGCAGACGAUGGGGCGGGCCUAUGCCGAGGUGCAGACGCCGCCGUUUGGGGCCAUCUUCAAGGAGCUGAACGCUGCCACGCCCGCCUUCUUUAUACUGUCGCCGGGCGUGGAUCCCAUACGUGAUGUGGAGCGCCAUGGGCAGCAGCAGGGCUUCCAUGCGGAUGCCGGAACUCUGGUGAAUAUCUCUUUGGGCCAGGGGCAGGAGCUGCUGGCCGAGGCAGCCAUGGAGCAGGCACUGGCCUCCGGUCAGCAGUGGGUCAUACUGCAAAACAUUCAUCUGGUGGUGAACUGGUUGCCCACCCUGGAGAAGCUAAUCGAGCGCAUUGUGCUGCAGUCCGAAUCUCAGGGGGACUCGAAUUUCCGCUUGUUCAUUAGCGCCGAGCCAGCUCCGGAUCCGCAAUACCAUGUCAUACCCCAGGGCAUUUUGGAGUCCUCCCUCAAGGUGGUGAACGAGCCGCCCGCAGGGAUGGCCGCCAACCUGCACAAGGCCUGGGACAACUUCACGCAGGAGACGCUGGAAACGUGCACCCAGGAGGCGGAGUUCAAGUCAAUACUCUUUGCCCUCUGCUACUUCCAUGCAGUGGCCGGCGAGCGGCGCAAGUUCGGGCCCCAGGGCUGGAACAAGGUGUAUCCCUUCAACAUCGGCGACCUGACCAUCUCGGCCAGCGUGCUGCACAACUACCUGGAGGGCAGCAGUCGCAUUCCGUGGGAGGAUCUGCGCUACCUUUUCGGCGAGAUCAUGUACGGCGGCCACAUAACCGACGACUGGGACAGACGACUCUGCCAGACGUUCCUGGAGGAGCUGCUGCAGCAGGAUCUCAUCGAUGGAGACUUUGAGCUGUGUCCCGGCUUCCCAGCGCCGCCCAAUCUGGAAUUCGAGGGCUACCACGACUACAUCACCGAAAUGCUGCCCGAUGAGUCACCGCUGCUCUAUGGCCUGCAUCCCAAUGCCGAGAUCGGAUUCCUCACCAGCGCCUCGGAGCAGCUGCUGCGCACCAUCUUUGAGCUGCAGCCGCGCGAGUCCGAGCUCAGCUCGCAUUGCGGCGCGCCGCGCGAGGAGCUGGUCAAGAUCAUGAUCGACGACUUCCUCGACAAGCUGCAGGACGAGUUCAAUCUGCAGGCCCUGCUCAACCGCGUGGAGCGCAAGACGCCCUUUGUGGUGGUCGCCCUGCAGGAGUGCGAGCGCAUGAAUGCGCUCAUUCGGGAAAUCAAGCGCUCGCUGCGUGAGCUGAUGCUGGGGCUGAAGGGGGAGCUGACCAUCACGCAGGAGAUGGAACGGCUGGACUAUGCCAUCUUCUACGAUCACGUGCCGACGGCCUGGGCCCAGCUGGCGUACCCCAGCAUGCUGGGCCUGCAGGGCUGGUUCGCUGACCUGCUGCAUCGCAUCAAGGAGCUGGCCGGCUGGCUGAACGACUUCAAGCUGCCCUGCGUCAUCUGGCUGGGCGGGCUCUUCAAUCCCCAGAGCUUCCUCACGGCCAUCAUGCAGGAGAGCGCGCGCAAGCAUGAUCUGCCCCUGGACCGCAUGCUGAUCAGCUGCGACGUCACCAAAAAGCAAAAGGACGACGUCACAUUGCCCCCCAUAGAGGGCGCCUUUGUGCACGAGCUGUAUUUGGAUGGCGCCAGCUGGGACUGCCAGCUAAACUCGAUUGUGGCCCUGCACCCCAAGGAGCUGCUCUGCGCCAUGCCCGUCAUCUACAUCAAGUCCAUUGUCCAGGAGAAACAAGAGCUGCAGCGCGUCUAUGAGUGUCCCCUGUACAAGACCAGGUCGCGUGGCAACACCUACGUAUGGACGCUCAAUCUGAAAACACGCGACCGUCCGGCCAAAUGGAUUUUAGCAGGAGUCGCGCUUUUGUUGCAGCCAUAAAGCAUUAUUGAACCACCCAUUGUUGGCCACGUCAUUCCCGUCAUCCACUCCAGCUACAGCUACAGCUACAGCGGAACGA